AUGAAUCCUCAAGCCUCGCCUUUGCAAUUGGCAAAAAGCAUCGAAGGCAAGCCCCCUAUUCGCUUUCUCGAUCCCACCACUGCCUAUAAUCUAUGGUCCGAGGUCUACGAUACCGAUGGCAAUUUUCUACAGGCGCUUGACACGAUUGAGAUGCGGUCUCUAGUUCCCAAAAUGGUAUCUCGGAUAUCUUCAAGUCCUCCAUGGAAGGUCGUAGAUUUGGGAUGUGGCACUGGCCGGAAUAUGACACGGCUGUUGGACCUUCCCUGCUCUAUGGUGGUAGGUCUUGACGCAAGCUCAAAGAUGCUCGAGAUUGCCAAAUUGAGGAUCAAUGAGCACAUGUCGCAGAUCAGCAGGGCAUCUGAAGGAGCUCAAGGAGCCCGAUUAGAGCCUUACAAUCUGUUGGGCAGCUACCACAUACCGUCCUGCGCUUUGAACGCGGAUGCGCUCAUUUCAACGUUGGUUUUAGAGCAUGUUCCCCUCUCCAUUUUCUUCGAGAAAGCCUCGGAGUUGUUGAAGCCGAGCGGGCUUGCCCUAGUGACGAACAUGCAUUCAGACAUGGGAGCGAUCAGUCAAGCGGGCUUCGUGGACCCAAAGACUGGAGAAAAGGUGCAGACGCAGAGCUUUGCUCAUCAUUUAAAUGACGUGGUUGCCGAAGCUCAGAAGCAAGGGUUUGAAGUUGUUGGCGAGGUCCUGCAACGAGCAGUGGAUGAGGAGAUGAGCGAGGUGCUGGGGAUGAGAGCUAGGAAAUGGAUUGGUGUAACUGUGUGGUUUGGAGUUUGCUUUCGAAAACAGGCAUGA